AUGGGAGUAUCUUGGGUUUUUUUGUCAAAUCAAACAGUACCCGAAAUAAAAGAUUCUCUUGAAGCAGAGGGAGCAUUUGAAAUUGGAACAUAUAAUGUUGAAUUACAUCAAAUUGUACCCAAUGAAAAAUUAAGAUCAUCAGAAAAAAAUGGAAUGAAUAAUGUUUAUGUGGUUCAUCAUGAUGAAUAUCCUGGAAAUUCUUUUGUCUAUCAGAUUCCAAUUAAAGAUGGUUCAAAAUUUAUUAAAGUAACUAGUUUAAGAAGCAUUGAUGGAUUAUUUACAAAAUAUGAUGAUGCUGUUGAAUUUAAUCCUGAAGGUGCAAUGAUAAUUUCUGGCAAGACAUAUCAAUUAGAAGAUAUUGUUAUUAGAGUUGGUACAGCAUCAUGUCGUUCAUCAUGUUGUGGUACCGUUAUUGAAUUAGAAAUAACUCCUUCUUAUGUUUUAGGAAGUUGUUUUGGUUUUUUGAAAGAGGUCCUUAACACAUUAUUUCCUAAAGAAUAUUUUACAAUUGUCAAACCUAAAUUUUUUGACACUAUUGCGAAAGAAAAAUACAUUCCGGCACAUACCAUGUUACAAUAUAUGAUGCAGUAUGAUAAUUUAAAAGCUCGAGCAACAUAA